AUGCUGGACCAGGGGAUGAAAAGAUGUAGAAUUACCCUCCGUUGCGCAACAUCUUGCCAACAAACUGAACAGAAGCAAACGCACAACUCCAUCUUAGGCGCAGUACACAACAGCAACGGGGUGCACAAGAGCAGAUGUGCUAUUGCCCCGGCAGCGCGCCAUCGGGUCUUCAAACUGCCAUCCCACUGGGGGCGGCAUGGGAUGGCUGUGGGAUCUGCCUCUCCCCUUUGCUGCUUGAGUCUUCAUUUCUUUACUCAACAUACUCGGCAUACACACAUACACGUGUAUUUCGAAGUGUUCGAAGCCGAAGGAGAGGCAGCGGCACGGGUGAGUCUGGUUCAGCAGCUCACACAGGAGGUCACAAGUCGGGCCGAUGCCCUCGGCUGUGGUCAGGUCAUCGUGCCUCCAGGUCUUAUCGAUGAGGUCACUGUGCAGGUCCUACGGCUAGCAGACUCCGAACCGUGUGGAGUAAGGGGCUGUGUGCUGCACGUGCAUUACGACAGCGGAGACCAAAGACAGCGCCUCACGCGGGUCGUUCUUGACCCGACGAUGCCCAACACCUUCGAACUGUACCUCACCCUCAGACCCGACACCACGACUUGGUAUCACAAGAUGUCCAGAAUUAUCAAGCCCCUCCGGAAGUCCGGCCCUCUCCUUCUCAGCACCGACUUCAAGAUGGAGAAGAAAAAGCUUUAUCCCGAGGAAUAAGGCUUUGAUAUCCUCGGCGAGAUCUUCCUCGCUUUCUGGAUCUUAGGCUUCCUGGCCGCUAUCGACAGUGUCUCGUUAUUCGCAUAUCCUCAUUGCCAGUAUUUCUAGCUUUUCCAUUUUUCUUUCCUGUCAUAUUUAUGCGCCUGGAAGGGUUGUCAUACCUUUGUGGAGAAAGAAAAAAUACUAGAAGAAUAUAUACAUUCAUAUUUUGCAAAUUGUAAAUCCCAUGUCAUCUACUAUCGCCAAACCUUAUUAGAGUUAUUAGAAUGUGAAGAGCAAAGUCAUUUUUCGAAGUCAGUCUGACUCUAAUGGGAAUAACUGUAUCACCCAGCGUCCUUCUCGUCGUUGAAUGAACCGUUUCAACGGCAUCUGCAGGACGGAGCGGAAGCGAACGGGCGCGAGCCUCUUCUUCCAGGAACAGAGUGAUGUCUCUUUCCCUGGAUGGUCUUGCAUUACUUUCCCUGAAAUGAUUCCAGGGCUUGACUCCAGUGGAAGCAAGCGCUCCCGCGCGCAUCUGUGUGUGUGUGUGUGUGUGUGUGUGUGUGUGUGUGUGUGUGUGUGUGUGUGUGUGUGUGUGUGUGUGUGUGUUACCUCGGGCAGAGAGUUAAGCAGUUUUAAUUGUUAAAACGCAGCCACACACAGAACGGCGGCAGAAAUAUGGCAGGCAGAUGUGGCAGUUUGAGACGAAUACUGGCACGGUGGAUGCGCCCACGACAGCCUGGCUCGGUCGGAGAACACUGGCAAACAUGUUUACUGAUGUUCAUAGAAAAAAAUAGUAAAGAAUAGGAAGACCAUGUCUUGAGAGAUCGGCUGAGGCAGGCUGUCUCGGGUAUUACAUUUGUAAAAUGAGAUUAUGAUGUGCAGAUUUCUGUGUAUAAUUGUUAGACAGAUGAAUAUAAGCGUGUGUGCGUAAAAAUAAGUGUAUAUGUGUGAAUAUAUAUAUAU